UUUUUUUUGCCCUUUUGCUUUUCCUUUAUUACCAAUCUUUUUUUCUUGGAUUCUUUAUCACCACUUUGCUUUCUGCGCUUGUGCUUUCUCUGUUAAGUGAGCUUUACUUUCCCAAAAUGAAAAAUUUCUAUCAAGAGCAUCUUAUUAUUCUUCCAAUUCAAUCCCACCUUAUAGUUAAGCUUCAAUCUUAUUAAGUACCUGUACUUAAAUAGAAUCUUUAAGGUUGAUAGCAUAAGCUUAUUCUUUUCUAUUACUUUGGUUAUAACCCAUGCUUCCACAGAUAUAUGUUCUGCUAACCUUUGUUUUUCCUUGUCUUCACUCACCAACCAGGGAAACACCAAGAACUGCUGAGGCAAUAUCAAUGAAGCUCCCAUCAUUUAUUUCUCAACUUGCUCUCUUCAUAUUGGCUAUUGUUCCCCAGAUUAUUGCUGAUCUGAACUCAGACACACAAGCACUUCUUGAUUUUGCUGCUGCUGUCCCACAUGUCCGACAACUUAACUGGAAUAGUUCUAUCCCAGUUUGCUCUUCUUGGUUUGGAAUUUCGUGUAAUUCAAACGGAACCCGUGUGAUCGCUGUCCAUCUUCCAGGUGUUGGACUCUAUGGCCCUAUCCCAGCCAACACCAUAGGAAGGCUUGAUGCUCUUAGGAUCCUCAGCCUACGAUCCAACAACCUUAACGGAAAUCUUCCUUCUGAUAUUCCCUCCAUUCCUUCCCUUCAAUACCUAUACCUCCAACAAAAUAAUUUCUGUGGUGCCUUCCCUGCCUUGUUCUCUCUUCAACUAAAUGUCCUAGACCUUGCUUUUAACUCCUUCACUGGAAGCAUUCCGCCCGCUGUUCAGAAUCUGAGAAAACUCACUACAUUAUACCUCCAAAACAAUUCAUUCUCUGGAGCCAUACCCAAUAUCAGCCUCCCAAAACUGAAGAUUUUGAAUUUGAGCUUUAACGGCUUUAAUGGCUCAAUUCCGCACUCUCUCCAAAAGUUCCCUUAUCAUUCAUUUGACGGAAACUCUUUACUAUGUGGACCACCUCUCAAGAAUUGCUCCACUGUCUCCCCUUCCCCUUCUCCUUCCCCAUCUUACUUUGCUAGCUCACCAACCAAAUCUCAAAUUCAGGCUGCCACUUCAAAGAAGAAACUAGGAUCAAAUUCUAUAAUUGCUAUAGCUAUCGGGGCAUCUGCAGUCAUCUUUCUCAUAGUUCUAGCCAUCUGUUUGAAAAGAAAAGACGACACAAGUAGUGUGUUGAAAGGGAAAGUUGAGAGCGAAAAGCCCAAGGAUUUUGGAAGUGGUGUGCAAGAGCCUGAAAAGAACAAAUUGUUCUUCUUUGAAGGCUGUUCUUAUAACUUUGAUCUUGAGGAUUUGUUGAGAGCUUCAGCUGAAGUUCUUGGUAAAGGGAGCUACGGAACAGCCUAUAAGGCAGUUUUGGAGGAUGGGACAACAGUAGUGGUGAAAAGGUUGAAGGAAGUUGCGGUUGGAAAGAAGGAAUUUGAGCAGCAGAUGGAGGUUGUAGGGAGGGCUGGACAGCACUCAAAUGUUGUGCCACUCCGUGCUUAUUACUAUUCCAAGGAUGAGAAGCUUUUGGUUUACAACUACAUGCCAAUUGGAAGCUUCUCUGCACUCUUGCAUGACAGCAGGGGAGCAGGAAGAAGCCCAUUGGAUUGGAAUGCAAGAGUGAAGAUCUGCCUUGGAGCUGCUAGGGGCAUUGCCCAUAUUCAUUAUGAAGAUGGUGUCGAAUGUGUCCAUGGUAACAUCAAGGCCUCCAAUGUGCUUCUAACAUCUGAUCUUGAUGGUCUCAUCUCUGAUUUUGGCUUGACUCCCCUUAUGAACUUCCCUGCAACUAUGUCUCGAACGAUUGGAUACUUAGCUCCUGAGGUUAUUGAAACACGAAAAGUGAACCAGAAGUCUGAUGUUUAUAGUUUUGGUGUUGUACUUCUUGAAAUGCUGACAGGGAAAGCCCCACUUCAAGCUCCAGGGCACAAUGAUGCGGUUGAUCUGCCAAGAUGGGUUCGGUCAGUGGUGAGGGAGGAAUGGACUGCAGAGGUGUUCGAUGUAGAGCUAAUGAAGUACCAAAACAUUGAAGAGGAGAUGGUGCAGAUGCUUCAAAUUGCAUUGGCAUGCGUGGCAAAGCUGCCGGACAUGCGUCCAACAAUGGAUGAAGUAGCGAGAGUGAUGGAGGGAAUUCGAAAAUCUGAGUCAAGGAACCAGCUGUCUCCUGAGGCUGGGUCUAAUGCCCAAACCCCAUGAGAGUCAAGUUGCUCCAAGGAAUCAAACAUAUUAGAUACUGUCUAAUAUGGAGCAUUCUUAUUUCAUUGCCAAGUAUUAGAUCCAGAUGUUAGGAAAAUAAGCUUCCUUUCCUUGCUCAUUUGCUAAUUUCCGAAUUAUGAUAUCAGAAAGCAUUAUUGAAUGAAUUAUCUUGAUCUACAGUUAUAA